CCGGGUCCACCAUCUCCACCUCAGUGUAGGGUCCAGGCUCCUCCCCUCCUUCCCCCUGGGAGCCGCUGCCCCCCUCCUCGCCCUCCAGUGGGGGCUGCUGGUGGUAGUUGUUCUCCCAGACAUAGGUGCCCACGUCCUCGCCGGCGAAGACCUCCUGGAACAUGUCCAUCAUGUAGCGGUCGUCGGGGCUGUUGCCGUCGAUCACCAUGAGGAUCCGCAGCUUCUCUGGGGGGUACAGGGUGGCCCGCACCGACUCCAGGCACUGCCAGAGGUAGGAGGGGUCUUCUUGGUAGGCCGAGAUGGUCAACGCCACUGUCUUGGUGUAGCUACAGGCCAACGACUCCCUCCUCAUCCGCCGGUGCUCCAGAGAGGCGAAGAAGCUCUGGAUGACCAGGUGGGCGGCAAGGAAGACUCCAUAGAGGCCGAAGGCCAUGAUCCGAUACUGGUCGGCCACCAGCUGGAUCCCAGCCACGUAGGCCCAUGUUAGGACCCCCAAGAUGAGCAGGGCAAAGGCGAUGGUGAGGAUGCGGCGCCCGGCAGAGAUGAGCCCAUCUGGGAUAAAUCCCCUGACCAGAGAUUUGGCUGCACCACAGACCCCAGCGCUGAUCUCCUGCUUCCCCAUCACCAUGGAGGCUUCUCUUGCUGCCUGCAUCCUCGCUGCUCUCCUGGCUACGGGGGCCUGUCUGCAGGGUGAGGUUUGCGAAGGGCCAGGAACCAGCUGCAUGAGCGACCUAGAGACCUGCACUGCUGGGGAUGACACUUGUGUCAUCGCUCUGUGAGAAUCCACAGUGGCGGGACAGAAGACUCAGAGCAUUCUCAAGGGCUGUGUGACAUCCAGCAUAUGUAAAGUUGGCCCCAUCUCUGUUCAUUAUGGGAACGGAAUGACAACAAGGACGACCUUUGCCUGCUGCGUGGGAGACGGCUGCAGAACAACCACCGUUACAGUGCCCCCGGCUGCCACCAAACCCAAUGGCUGGAGCUGCCAUUUCUGCAACUCUUCAUUCCUACAUCAAUGCACAGAAAGGACCAUAGAGUGUGCUGGAGCUGAGACCCAAUGUGUCCAGGCUGGUGUACUUGGCACAUCGAACUUCGUGCAGGGCUGCACUACCAAGUCCUUUUGUGCACUAUCAAAAAUCGAUUCUGGGAUCUUUGGAAGGCUCGAUCCAACUACGAUCAACUGCACAGCAGCCUCUGGCGGGGCCAGCACAGCUCUGGGACCCGCCGGGCUCCUCCUUCCCACCCUCACUGGGUACCUCCUGCUGAAGUUUCUCUCCUGAUUCCCCACUCAGUGGCCACACCACACUCAAUAACACCCCGGCUGCAUGUGUCUGCAGAGGUCAGAGCAGAGGCAAGUGGCAGCAGAAGGUGACCAACAGGCAGCUUGUGGAGCGGUGAGGGGCCGGCCAGCGGAAAGGAGAAACAGAACAGAUGGCUGGCAGGUUGGCCAGCCAGAUCAAGUGCUCAAAUAGUGCAGCAAGCAGGGUGCCUUCUUCCCCAAGUGGAAGGUGAACUCACACAGAUGCACCUCUGAACCCAGGGUCCUCACUGACGAAGGACAACCACUGAGAGUGGGGUAUGGUGAGGGAGCAGGGAGGGGCACAGGAAAGGAACUUUUGGUUGUAGAACAAGAGGCGGAAGGCUCUGCCCCACCCACUCUGGGGGUGGGGGGCAUCCUAUCCACAGUUUUAUGUUUAUGAAUCCUGCCUGUAGUAUUUUCCCUAAUUACUGUCUGGUGACUUCCCUCUUUUGAUUAAAAGUUUCUUUCCUCAACUCAGACUCUCCUUGCGAGAGGGGAAGUAUUGCCUCUCAGAGGUGCCCAGGGGUGGUGUGUAAUUUUCCCAGGUUACUGGGUGGAAGACAACAUCUACAAGGACCAGCUGGACCUUCCUUAGAUACCAGUGAGUAGAGAGGACCUCAUAGAAGAACUGGAUGGAGAGGAUAGCCUUGCUUUGAGUGAUCAACUAAUUCAGUUCAAACAGAAUGGCAGGAUAAACAAACACAGGGCUGCCAUUAGGGCCCAUGAUUUCAAAAGGGCAAACUUUAAAAAACUGAAGGGAAUUAGUUAGGGACAUGGACUGGCCCGAAGAACUUGAGGAUCUGAAUGUAGGUGAGGCUGGGAAUGACUUUAAGUCAAAGUUGCAGAAGCUCUCUGAAGCUUGGGAUGCAGGCGAACAAUGUAGGGCGCAGAUAUUCCACCAAUAGCGUUGGUCUUUCAGCAACGCAAACAUGGAGGGCACCAUGUGUAGUUUCUUCUACCACUGACGGGCAGCAAGGUGUGUCAGCACAAUGUUUUUGACAUUGCAACUCCAUUGUGUUGCCAUGACAGCCAGGACGAGUACAAUGAGACAGAGAAGCCAGCUGGUCCUUAUGCCAGCCUUAAGAAGCUUAAAAAGUGGUGAGGACUAGUAGUGAGGGUGACCUAUAGUAUGGAGGGGCAGUCCUGUUAACCAAUAUACGCUGGCUAGCAUAGAUACAGCUAUAGCUAUAGAUAGAUAGAUGGAUAGAUAGAUAGAUAGAUAGAUAGAUAGAUAGAUAUCUUAUUAAUUAAUAAUGUGUAUUUUAUGCACUAUAUUUAUAGAUACAGAUUAGUAUGCAUUAUGCACAAAUAGCAUUAAGCACAAAUAUUAUAGCAGUUACGUAACCUAAACUGGCUCCACCUUUAUUAUAAUCCUGUUCAUGUACACUAAGUAUCCCACAGCACCAUGCAUUAGCUGAAGUUCGCUUUGGUUUAAGGAGACAGGAAAGCUUCCAGGAUUAAGAUAGAGGAGUUAUUUUAUCCAUAGCAAUGGGUCGGGAGUUAUUCUCACAGCCCUGCAGUGGAGUGGCCCAUAGGAAGAGGAAAAGACAUAGAUUGUUCUAUCCUUGUGCAGACCUAGAGGGCAUCAGCUGCAAUGCUGGUGCGUGGAAUACAGAGGUAAGGGGGACCCCAUGGUACCAGGAAGGGUUAACUCUACGUUUGAAGGGUGCACACUGUACUUUGUACUUGUAAACAGGAAGAGUGUUAAAAUAGAUGAUUACAGGUGUGGAAUUCUGGAAAUCCCCCCUUUUUUAUAAGGUAAAUGUAACAAUGUGAUGGGAUCGUAUUGAAUAUUUCCCCUGUUUCCUUAUUGGCUUAGAGCAAUAAAUCUAACCACCAUUGGUUAUUUACUCUCUGGGCUAUAUUUCAUAACGAUCCAAAGGGUGGUGAAGUCACUGACUAUCAACAGUACUGGUAGUACUCUGUGAUAACCAAUAAUAAGACAUUUGGGGAUAAAAAACUUGCUUGUGCUGUCACGACGCCAAAUUUCUGUUAUUCCUCGUGUGUAAUGCUAUGGGUCAAACUCUACUAACACCUAUUCCAGUUUAAGGAGUGAUCGUUUUACCUGUAUUGUGUAUUGCCACUUUUGUAGUUUGCUAAAAUAGUAUAAGUCUCAGGCAAAUGCUCUUACCUCUGCGUCACAGAUCAGUUUGGUAAAAUAAUAUUAAGUGGUUGUUAAAUUAAAUAUUUAAUCAUAAUCACGGCACCAAGCAGGGUCCUGUUCACUAAUCCAUAUACAUUACACAUAUGCAUACCAUGUUAAUAGUCUUAUACCCAGCAGGAAAGCAGUUAUGUUAAAGGAAUUAUAAUAUUUCUUUCCACAGUGCUGUUCACUGGGAUGUCCCACAAUGCCUUGGACUGGGACAACUCAGCAUUUGGCAUAAGUGGAUCAGGAAAGAGUCAAAGCAAGAUACAUUUGUCUGAUGUCCCAGAACAGCUAACUUUACGUGCAACUGGCUUAAAAUUCAGUGUCCCUAACGGAGAUAAGGAAAGGAUCAUAGGAGGCAAAUCUGUGCUUUUAGCUAGAAACCCUGCUACACCUAGAAGUGGUUUUAGGAGUGUAUUUUUGAACCACCCGUUCUGUGUAAGGUGAAUGGAAAACACUGGGAGAAACAAGCAUCCCAGAAAGAUCAGUCUGAUAUAAACUCUUUCCUUUCUGUAUUGGCCUAUUUUGUCUUCAACAAUAAAAUUGGCUGAAUUUGGUUACUUGGUCUAGGGAACAUUUUUCAUAACAAACCAGCCAUGUAGUCACUCCACUGGAUUUUUCCUUCUGAAUGGGAGUUUCUUUGACUCACACCCUAUGAAGGGAAAAAGAAAAGGAGUACUUGUGGCACC